CCUGCAGACAGAAGGCAGACAAAAGUCAUGUCUUUGAUCAGAGAGACCAGAGGUUUGAAAGAGCUCUUAGGUAAAUUUAAACAUUUAAUUAGGUCAGAAUAAACUGCAGAAAAGUAAGAUAACAUAACGAGGUAUUCCUCAGCUUUAGAAAACAAAAAAGCAAAGAUGGGAAACAGGACUGUUGGAAAAUGCUGUGCUACAUAUCCCUUUCUUUUCUUCGGACUUCUGUAUUUUUAUUGGUAUAAGGAAGUCAUUGGACAAAGCUUGCAGGAGCAGAAAAGCAUGUGCAAUGCUGAGGGAUGCUAUUCUAUUCAUCUCCAGCACAAGAACUUCCUGGAGUCCUGGAGGAGCUGCAAGGAUAAAGGGGGGAACCUGGCUACCAUUAAAGGACCAGAAGAAGCUUCCAUGAUCCAUGACUUCUUAUUGCCAGUGAUCAGAAGUCGCUCCCGGCCCAAAAUCAGGUUGUGGAUUGGCCUUCAGCGACAGCCUAGGAAGUGCUCAGUCAAGAGCCCUUUGAGAGGCUUCACCUGGAUCACUGGGGAUCAAGUAACACAGUAUACGAACUGGCAACAUGAUGACUUAGCCAGUGAAUGUGCUGCUCAUCGUUGUGUGUUCAUUACCUACAACACGCCUAAAAAAAGGGGCAACAAUAACAACUUCAAAUGGGUCCAUCGAUCUUGCGUAGUGGCCGUGGAAGGUUUCCUGUGCCGCUACACCUACCAUGGGAUGUGCCCAGCUCUUCAGAAAGAAGGAGGGGGUCCUGCAGUCUACACCACCCCAUUUGAGCUGACAAGUACUGUUCUUACUCACAUCCCUAUUGGUUCUGUGGCAACUCUUCCUUGUCCCGAUGGUGACAAGGAAGACCAGUCAGUGAUGUGUAUGAUGAGAGAGGAUGGAAGUGUUGGAUGGUCAAAGGAUGCACCGCUCUGCACUGACACUCCAAUGGACUGGUGCAAACAGGACAAUGGUGGCUGUGAGCACUUCUGUGUGAACUCAGAUACCCAUUACUACUGUAAGUGCUAUGAGAAUUAUGUUCUGGAAGAAGAUGGAAAGACCUGCAAGCUCUUGGAUCCCUGCUACAGCGCCAACUGCGAGUUUGAGUGCGAGUCUACUCCUCAGGGACAUCGCUGCAAGUGCCCAGAGGGGUACCUCCUGUCUGGUGAUAAUCAGAGUUGUCUUGAUAUAGAUGAGUGCUUGCUAAAACCAUGCCCACAGCAAUGCGUCAAUGCACCAGGUACAUUCGAGUGUAGAUGCCACAAGGGCUUCCUUCUGUCUGAGUUCGGAGAAUGUGUGGAUGUGGAUGAGUGCUUGCUAAAACCAUGCCCACAGCAAUGCGUUAAUGCACCUGGUACAUUCGAGUGUAGAUGCAACAAGGGCUUCCUUCUGUCUGAGUUCGGAGAAUGUGUGGAUGUGGAUGAGUGCUUGCUAAAACCAUGCCCACAGCAAUGCGUCAAUGCACCUGGUACAUUCGAGUGUAGAUGCCACAAGGGCUUCCUUCUGUCUGAGUUCGGAGAAUGUGUGGAUGUGGAUGAGUGCUUGCUAAAACCAUGCCCACAGCAAUGCGUCAAUGCACCAGGUACAUUCGAGUGUAGAUGCCACAAGGGCUUCCUUCUGUCUGAGUUCGGAGAAUGUGUGGAUGUGGAUGAGUGCUUGCAAAAACCAUGCCAGCAGCAAUGCAUCAAUGCACCUGGUACAUUCGAGUGUAGAUGCAACAAGGGCUUCCUUCUGUCUGAGUUCGGAGAAUGUGUGGAUGUGGAUGAGUGCUUGCUAAAACCAUGCCCACAGCAAUGCGUCAAUGCACCAGGUACAUUCGAGUGUAGAUGCCACAAGGGCUUCCUUCUGUCUGAGUUCGGAGAAUGUGUGGAUGUGGAUGAAUGCUUGCAAAAACCAUGCCAGCAGCAAUGCGUCAAUGCACCUGGUACAUUCGAGUGUAGAUGCCACAAGGGCUUCCUUCUGUCUGAGUUCGGAGAAUGUGUGGAUGUGGAUGAGUGCUUGCAAAAACCAUGCCAGCAGCAAUGCGUCAAUGCACCUGGUACAUUCGAGUGUAGAUGCAACAAGGGCUUCCUCCUGUCUGAGUUCGGAGAAUGUGUGGAUGUGGAUGAGUGCUUGCAAAAACCAUGCCAGCAGCAAUGCGUCAAUGCACCUGGUACAUUCGAGUGUAGAUGCCACAAGGGCUUCCUUCUGUCUGAGUUCGGAGAAUGUGUGGAUGUAGAUGAAUGCAUGGAAGAAAAAUGCGUUCAUAUUUGUGAGAACUUGCCUGGUUCCUACACGUGCCAUUGUCCUGACGGAUUCUCUCCACACAAAGAAGAUCCAGAGAAAUGUGAAGAUAUCGAUGAGUGUAAAAAAGAAAUUUGCGAGCAGGUGUGCAGAAAUUACAAUGGUGGAUUUGAGUGUCUUUGUAAGGAGGGUUAUAUGUUGCAAGAGGACAAAUACUUAUGUCGGCCAGUGAAUGAGAAUAAAUCACAAACAGAUUCCCCAACAGUAAAAUGGCAUCCAACUUACCUGAGCUGGUCAACAGAGAAGACAGAGGAAAGAGAGGUGACCACCCAAACUUCAAACUCACCUUCAUCAAACUUUUUGAUGUAUACUACAACUUCAGCUUAUUCACAUCAAGAGGAUGCACCUAAGGAGAAAAUAUCAACUGGUGAUAAAGUGGAUUUAAGGUCUUUAGGAAACAAAAGACUCCCAGAUGUUUCGGAUUCUGUUCUGCCCACUCCACCAACAUCACAAAUACCAGAAGAUACAAAUCAGCCUCCAGAUGACAAAAGAUGGCUGAUUCUGGCACUGCUGGUAAUACUAUGUGUUUUUGCAGUGGUCCUGUUAGCGUUAGGCAUUGUUUAUUGCACAAGUUGGGCUGUAGAGACACGGAGUAAAAGCGUCACAGACUGUCACCGCCGGACCACCACCUCCAAGCCUAAAAAAUCGAUCACAGCAAAAUCUCGAGCUUGAAUAAUGUACAGUUAACAUGAAUUAGAAAAAAAUAGACUUCCUCAAGCUGUUUUGAUGUGAUCACACUGAUGUCACUUUGGUAUUCUAGGAUCCUGUGGUACAUAAUGGCAAAAUAGUCACUAUGUGCAAAAUAUAACAUUCAGAUAUUCUUUUCAGACAAUAGAGAGAACAUCAACAAUUAUUGUCCAGUAGAAGUGGAGCAGUGACCACCAGUGUAAAGUGGGACAAUGAAAACACAAUUUAGCAUGCAUCCCUUUUUUAAAAAAUACAAUGAAUGAGAAUAAAAAAAGCAGCUAUCAACAGCUUAAAUUUAUUUGUUUAAAUUUAAACUUAUUUUUAUAAAACAUUUACAUAUGAAAUAACAUCUAUACCGUUGUUAAUAAAUGUUAAUACAUUUGAAACUUACAUAGUUUGGAUCCGUGAAUAAAUUAAAUACCUACAGUUCAUGAAAUGGAAGUUGAACAUGGUCUUUAUCGCUUACCAAUUAUGUAAAUGUACAAAUAAUUUAUUUAUUAAGCAUUUUUGUAUCACAUUUUUCUUAUGCGGCCUGUAAAAGGAUACAACUACAUGACAAAUUCAAAGAUUUGUUUUAUCUGAUAAUUAAUGCAAAAGUCAUUGUAAAAAUAUGCCUGCGCUGCUUUUAGAUAAUUAUUUAUGCAACAUCUUUCACAAAACAGAUAUUAAUAAAACCACACAGGUAGGCAGCCUAAUGCAAGCACAGAUCUUUUAAUUAAUGCCAACCUACCAUAAUUACAUUGUUAAAUUGUACAGUUAGUUAUUAUGUUAUCAAAUUAAGUUAAUAAAACAUGCAAAAAAUGUCUGAGCGUCUUGAAACAAUCGUUUGAGAGUCGCAAACCUUAUAAUCUUAUAAAUAGUCUUAUAAAUAGCAGACAGAACAAAAUCAACUCUCCGAAGAUGUACAGUGUUGCAGAUUUGAGUGGUUUGUGUUUGAAUGAAGAGACCCCCAUUGACCAACAUGAGCCUCAUCUACAGAAGAAAAAAUGAACCAUUCUCAUUUCAAAAUAAGAAACAGUGGUUUAUUUUUGCAGUACUUGCAUUUAUGAAUACUAAAGUUUCCCAGCAAAAGUAAUAAAUUAAUCAAAUAGUAUUCCUUAUGGAAUUACAUGUCAUAAGUGAAAAAAAAGUUGCAAGCUAAAAUCUAAAAUCUAUUUACAAUCUGAUGAACAAGAAAUCUGUUAAAUGUAUUAAUGUAUGUAAACAUUUCCAUUUUUUUGUGUAAUUAUUUUAUUUAAUAAUAUAAACAAUAUUUGAGUGAUUCAAUAAAAAAGAAUGAACCAUUCUCGAUCCACAUGGCAUCCUAAUGAAUUUCCACAUAUAUGCAAUAAUGUAAGAAAGAAGUUUUAUCUUGUCUUUAAUAUACCACUAUCCGCUUUUUUUUUUUAAAUAUAUAUUAUGGACAGUUAAACUGAGAACUGUUUGCAGAAAAAUCUUUAAGGUCCUGCAUCAGUGAACAUUUGAACCUUUUUCAAUAGUUGUGUUUGAGUCCCUCAAUUGUCCUCAGUGUAAAAAAAAAUGAUCACUGCUGGAAAGUGUUCAAAUAUGCAAAGAUGCUGGAAAACUGAAGAAUCUGCCUCACAUUAAAGAUCAGUUCUCACUUUAACUGUUCAGAACAAACAAGGGACUCAUGCACAAGCAUCACAAAACAGAAAGAC